GACGCAAUCUUCUCCGCAAGACCACUCCGUGGCUGCGACUGAGAGAGGGAAAACGAUCGUCUGAAUGUCCUAUCGUCAAUGGCGACACCAACCACUUCUGCGCUAAUUAGUUCGGAGCAGUUCAAAUCCUCCGCCUCAAUUCUUCCACAUCUACCGUCGAAAUUCGCCGCCGGCGAAACUAAGAAUCACUGGCGAGUGAGGUGCGCAUUGCCAAACAAUUGGCGGGAGAGUAGGCGACUGUUCUCCAUCUCUCUCGUCCUCUCAAAUUUGUUCCUGAUUCCUGACCAUGCCUCUGCAGGAAGCUUUAUGGACAAAUACGUGAAGAAGAAAAAGCUUGAUCCGCUUGAAGUUUAUGUUCCAGCCGUCAUAUUGACGCAGUUACAAUUCAAGGACGUCGAGAAAAUUUUGGGAAGUAGUAAACCAGAAUACGCGACAUGCCGAUCUCUCUUGCGUUCUGGACUUGCAUCAUCCCUUCGCGUAAACAUUCGAGCAGUUGCACAGUAUGCCUCGGAGGAAGGAAAUGGAAACAUUGCCUUCGACAAUGUUGAUCAAUGUCUCAGAGCCUUGGAAGAACUCGAUUCUUCGCUUUUACGUGCCACAAGAAAUGAUCAAGGAGCCUCAAUUGAGUCGAUGAAGGCCAAUAUUGACACUGCCGUCCUUGCUCUAGACAGGCUCCUUCAAACUGUUCCUCCUGAUGUCCUGGCUAAAGGGAAGGCCAUUGCUGAUGCUUAUAGUUCCCCAGAAGAGGAGGAAACUGAAAUUGUAGACCCAGAACUGAAGCAGUUGGAGUCGAUUUUAUGAUAUUUACUCCAUAUUCAGUAGAAUGCAUCUGAAUAUCAGGAGAAUUUGAGGUUUCAACGUAGCUCAAACGAUCUUCUUCAAUGUGAGUAUGCAACACU